ACCAUCACUGACUCCUUGCAAAAUUGACAGUGACCAAGGACAUCGACAUCGCAUAGAAUUAUAAUUCUAAUCUGAUUGUGAUUUUCCUAGUAAAAAUAAAUUUUAUUUGAGUUGACAUGGGUGUUCCGAAGUUUUUCCGCUAUAUCAGCGAAAGGUAUCCGUGCCUGAGCGAAUUGGCGCGCGAGCAUAGCAUCCCUGAGUUCGACAACCUAUACCUGGACAUGAAUGGCAUCGUCCACAACUGCUCCCAUCCGGAUGACAACAACAUACACUUUCACUUGGAGGAGCAGCAGAUAUUUCAGGAUAUAUUCAACUAUGUGGACAAGCUGUUCUACCUGAUUAAGCCGCAGAAACUUUUUUUCCUGGCUGUGGAUGGUGUUGCCCCGCGGGCCAAAAUGAAUCAGCAAAGAAGCCGCCGCUUCCGCUCUGCCCGCGAGGCUGAAAUGCUGGAGGCCAAGGCGCUGCAAAAAGGAGAACGUCGGGAGCACGAGCGCUUCGAUAGUAACUGCAUCACGCCAGGCACUGAUUUCAUGGAGCGGCUGCAACAGGGACUCCGCUGUUUCCUCAAGACAAAGAUCUCCACAGACCCACUCUGGCAGAAGUGCUCUGUGAUCCUCAGCGGACAGGAGACGCCCGGCGAGGGUGAACACAAGAUUAUGGACUACAUACGCUAUAUGAAGGCCCAGCCCAACUUUGACCCCAACACCAGGCACUGCUUAUACGGCCUGGACGCGGAUCUCAUCAUUCUGGGAUUGUGCACGCACGAGCUGCACUUUGUGGUUCUACGCGAGGAGGUCAAGUUUGGACGAAAUGUUAAGCGGGCUUCCGUAGAGGAGACGCGCUUCUUCCUCUUGCAUCUCGGCCUGCUUCGGGAAUAUCUCGAGCUGGAGUUCCACGAGCUGAACACCGCUCAACAUAAGCUAGAUGUGGCCCAGCUAAUCGACGACUGGGUCCUUAUGGGCUUCAUGGUCGGCAACGACUUCAUUCCUCAUCUGCCCUGCCUGCACAUCUCCUCCAAUGCCCUGCCGCUGUUGUACAAGACGUACAUACGCAUUUACCAUUCCCUUGGUGGCAACAUCAACGAGCACGGCAAGCUGAACCUGCAGCGACUGCAGAUCUUCAUGACGGCUCUCAGCGAGGUAGAGCUGGAGCAGUACAAGGAGCACGCCGACGAUCUAAAGUACGCGAAUGGCAAUACAGAGGCCUUCGACAUAGACGUUGGAGAGAUAUCCUCCUCCAAAGACUACGAUUCCGACCUGAAAGCCCUGAUCAAUGACAGCACACAGCUCUACAAUGACGACAGCGAUGAGGAUCUGAGCGACGAAGAGGCUUGCGUGUUAAAAGACUUCCAGAACUACAAGCGUAACUAUUACCGCAACAAGUUCAAUCUCAGCUCGCGGCCACCGAAUCAGCUGAUCGAAGAGUUGGGCCACCACUAUGUGACUGCGCUCCAGUGGAUCCUGGACUAUUAUUACCGCGGCGUGCAGUCGUGGGACUGGUACUACCCCUUCCACUAUGCCCCCUUCAUCAGUGACCUCAACAAUAUCGCGACUGCCCAGAUCAAGUUCCAGCUAGGGACGCCAUUUCUUCCCUUCGAACAGUUGCUUGGUGUUCUGCCGGCAGCCAGUUUCAAGCUCCUUCCAACUGCCUACCACGACCUCAUGCUGAAACCGACCAGCCCCUUGGCGGAAUUUUACCCCACGGACUUUAAGAGCGAUCUCAAUGGCAAGAAGCACGACUGGGAGGCCGUCGUUCUCAUACCCUUCAUAGACGAGCGCCUACUGCUCAGCGUAAUGCGGCCGUGCGAGGCCCAUCUGUCGACCGCAGAGAGAGCCCGAAACAGGCACGGACCGAUGUACCAGUACGACUACAGUCCCCAGGAUGUGGGCUCGAUGCCAGCCCUGCCCCCGCUGAAGGCUCUGAAGCACGUGAACUGCACAGAAGUGGCCCGUUGGGCCGGAGAGAUUGCCCUGAAUCUCCCCCACAGCGUUUGCGUUGAAAUGCCGAAUGCAGCGCGCCACGUCUUCUUCCCUGGCUUUCCCACUAUGAAGCAUCUGGCCUUCAAUUUUGAGCUGCGCCACGGUCGGGUGAAAGUCUUCGAGCAAGUCAGCCGCAACCAGAAUAUGGUGCUGAUGCCACGAAGGCAAGGGACAGAGGAUUCCUUGGAGGCAGUGGCUGCACGCUACUUGGAGCAGGUGGUGCACAUUGGAUGGCCCCAUCUUAUAAUGGCCAAGGUUGUGAAGAUCGCCACGCGUGAUCAGUGCAUCGACAAGGAUGGGAGGUCCUCGAACGAGUCGCGACGCUUCGAUGCGGAGUGCAAGGCGUUGCAAGAACACUUCAGUACGCGCAUGGGGAUCCAGUUCGAAAACUACGAGGUUCUCGUGUACGCGCGUACCUACGCGGGAAGCGCCGUCGAUUUCGGCGCCAAGGGCACCGUGCACAUGAAGGAUGCCUGGAGCAGCAGUAUUACGGAAUACCCGGCUCAGGGCGUGGUAGGCGAGCUGUCUGUGAAGAAGAACAUGCGCCAGCAGUUCUCCAAAAUAGAGCAACUCUUUCCCGCCGGCAGCUUGGUAUUUUUCAUCGGCAGUCCUUAUUACGGCAGCGAGGGCACUGUGCUGGACCCACUGCUCGUCUAUAGCUGCGGACGCAUCCAGGUCUGUAUUCGGGUUCAUCCCGAGCCGAACCUGGAGGAGGCGCGUCUAGAGCAGGAGGAACGCGACAAGGACUAUAUGAGCACCUUCGACGUCUGCCGGCAGCUGAACAUCAAUGGAAGAGCCCUGGGCCGUCUAACCGGCACCUUCUGGGUAGUGCUCGGACCGCGGCGCGAAAAGAUGGAGAACGUGGCCAAACACAACAUCGGGCUGCAGCUGAAGUUUCCCCGCCAGAACGAGGAGCGGGCCGGCUACUGUUGUCGCCUGAACAACCAGUGGUUCUACUCCAGCCUAGCCCUCGAGCUCAUGCAAAGGUACUGCGAGCGCUUCCCCGAGGUGGUCAGCUACUUCGCCGUCAGCAACGACAGGAGCGAGUACUUCUUUGAAGAGGACAUUUACCCGGACGCCGUGGGCCAACACCAUAUCGAGGAUCUGGCUAACUGGGUCCGUCAGCAACCGCACAUGAAGGUGGAUCGCAUCUCCUGUGGCUCCAAGACAGUUUGCAAGGAGACCGUGGAACUGCUGAUGGGCGCCGUCGAGGAGCUGCGAUCGAUGCCGGUGAAGGAUGUAAAGCUCCAGGUGAAGCCACACCUCCUCAUCAAGCCAAAUGUCACACUGCCCGAAGUGUAUAAGUCGCGUCGCCCAGUGCGCCUGUUCGAUCGCGUCGUCAUCGUCCGCACCAUCUACAUGGUGCCGGUUGGCAUCAAGGGCACCGUCAUCGGCGUACACCCCGUCACCGACCCCAAUCCUGUGCGACUAGAGUGCGUUCAUGCCGUGGACACCUUCUGCGAGGUGCUCUUCGACAAGGUCGUUCCCAACUGCAACGACAUCCACGGCAUAGCGGAGGAGCGUGUUUACAAGAUACCAGAAAAUGCUCUCGUUGUGAUUUGUUUGAAUGAAAAUGGACAGAACCAACAGACAGGCCUGCAGCUUGAGAAAACGCACCAGAGCUAUUAUCAACCCAACCAAUCGAAUGCCCCGCGCAUGGAGAAGCGAGAGAAGCAGAAUCGGCAGCAACAGCAGCAGCCGCAGCAGCAGCAGCAGCAACAGCAGCAACAGCAGCAGCAGCAGAAGCAGCAGCAACAAAAACAGCAGCAGCAACAAAAGCAGCAACAGCAACAGCAGCAGCAGCAGCCACAAAAGCAGCAGCAGCAGCCACAAAAGCAGCAGCUACAGCAGCAGCCACAAAAGCAGCAGCUACAGCAGCAACAGCAGCAUAAGCAGCAGCAGCUACAGCAGCAGCAGCAGCUACAGCAGCAGCAGCAGCUACAGCAGCAGCAGCAGCUACAGCAGCAGCAGCAGCUACAGCAGCAGCAGAAGCUACAGCAGCAGCAGCAGCCACAAAAGCAGCAGCUACAGCAGCAGCAGGAAACCAACAGCCGGUACGUUACGGCAGCAGGGUCGACCUGGAAUGAAAUCACGAUGAAAACGAAGAUAUCCGAAGAUUUUGUCAAGCCGCGUUCCGACCUCCCGGGUAGAUCUAACCAGCCCAUCACAGCUCAAGCAGUGUCGCAGCAUCAGCAUCACCAUUCUGCAUUGCCAACUAACUCACACCUGGAGGACGCAAAGGAAAGUUGGCCCCAGAGUUCUGGUCGACACCAGGGAGGCAAUGUUGGCGCAGCCCCAAAACCAACCACAAUAUCGCCAGCGCUCGUGGUGUCGGAUAAACAGACUCUGGCUCUCAAGUCGCUGCUGGGCAUGAAUAAAGAGCAGCAGCCACUUGGUCAAGUAACUCUUACAUCCUUGCAGCAGCAGCAGCAGCCGCCAAAAUCUCAGUCGCAAAUAGUUCAGCGACCCAUGCCUGGACAAAUGCCUAAACUGCCGCAGCCUCCGCUCUUUUGGCAGAAGGAGGCUCAAGAGAAAGCACAAGAAGCACAACAAGCACAACAAGCGCAACAGGCCAUCCACAUUCAGGCCCGACAGUGGUUCAGGUCUUUGCAGCCACAGGAGGUAGAUUAUCAUCAGUGCCUCCCACGGCAGCGGCCUAAUCCACCACAGACACAACAGCGGCAUUUGCAGCAGAUGCCACCCCCCCACACUUAUCAAAUGCCCUAUAAAAACGGAAACCAAUCAUUCUAUAACAACUUGCAGGAGCAUGAAGUCUACAACAACAACAACACUCGGACAACACUGGAGCACCAACAGUAUCAGACACAAUAUCCCCAGCAUACCCAGCAUCCCCAACAUCCCCACCAACUGCAGGAUAUAGCCAGUAGCAGACCUCGUUACUCGUCCAUACAGGACUUUGUGCCCAUACAGGCAUAUCGUCCCAAGGUAUCGCAGCGAUCUCAACCAAUUGGGCAAAUAGAGACGGAGACGCCGUCGUCAACAGCUGCUGGAGAAAUGAACUCCCGCCCUAGUCAUCGGGAAGAAAUACCAAACGAAGCGACUGUCGGACUGAUGCAAACACUGAAUAUUCAGCCAUCGACAUCACAAGCUGAACGUAGUACCGCCGUAGCUUCGACGGUCGAAGCUGAUGCCGAUCCAGGUGCAGGAUCCACUGCAGCCCAGUUAAAGGCGAGGAAACAGCGAGUGCCUCGCAUUGGUGCAAAAUUCGACUUGGAUUACAUUAUCCAUUGAGCUCAACAUUGAUCCGAACAUAAAGAAGACUUAGAAGUGACAGGCAUCUCACACAAAUAAACUAUCAUAAAUAUUAAAACGUGUAUAUAGCCACUGAUACAUUUUGUUAUCAUCUUACAUCACCCAUAAAUAAACUGAAAAAGCCUACAUUCUUCUUUAAAACAAAA